AAACCAUACACCCCAUCAAAAGCUUUAGGAUUUACCCCAUCAAAAGGCGAUAAGAGUCUGCACACACCAAAGCUUGUCUCUUUGGCCGCCAGACUCUCCACCGCAACCAUGAUCAUUUCAGAGAAGAACCGGCGCGAGAUCUCCAAGUACCUCUUCCAAGAGGGAGUGUGCUAUGCGAAGAAGGACUAUAACAUGCCUAAGCAUCCGGAGAUUGAUGUGCCGAAUCUGCAGGUGAUUAAGCUGAUGCAGAGCUUCAAGUCCAAAGAGUAUGUCAGGGAGACUUUCGCGUGGAUGCACUACUACUGGUAUCUCACCAACGAUGGCAUUGAGUUCUUGAGGAACUACCUCAACCUCCCCUCCGAGAUUGUGCCCAACACUCUCAAGAAACAGCCUAAGCCACCUGGCCGUCCUUUCGGCGGCCCACCCGGCGAACGCCCUCGUGGCCCACCCCGCUUUGGUGAUGGAGAGCGCAGAUUUGGAGGUGACCGUGAUGGUUACCGUGGAGGUCCUCGUGGAGGUGACUUUGGUGGUGACAAGGAAGGAGCCCCUGCUGAUUACAGACCUUCUUUCGGGGGUGCUCCCACAAGACCUGCCUUUGGUCGUGGUGCUGGUGGUUUUGGUGCCGGUCCAGCUAGCUCGAAUCUAUCUUAAGUAGAUGAUGCAUCAACUGUUGCUUGGUUUCCUGAGUUUGUAUUUCAAGAACUGAUCACUUUCUUAGUUGGAAACAAUAGCAGUUUUGUUCAAUUGCUAGUAUUAGGAUUCUAUGCUGAGUUUAUGUUAUUCUACUUUGUCUUUUGAACCCAACUUGGGGAAAACAGUUUUAUUUUCACAUAUUUAACAUCGUCGAUAAAUUUUGUUAUGCUUUUCCUU